AUGUCGUUCGACUCUUCCCGCUCCUUUCUUAUGUCCCAGAGAGCUGCUGACCAAGGCCGAAAUAUGCAUGUCUUCUCGCUCUCCUGUUUUCCACAAGCCAGAAUGGCCGGUGGCUUCAAUCUCAACCGAAUACAUCUCACCGCAAAGACUUUCUAUCGAUGGCUUUAUCUCUGCGAUGAGAUUAUAAAUUUCCAAAGAGGUCUCAAAGACGCCGUCGUCCUACGGAAAAUAAGGCUACGGACCGUCCAGGCGUUGCUCUACGCCUUCGAAGAGAUCGAAGGCCCCCCAAUUCCUCGGGACUCUCUUCAACUGAUUGAACCUGGCAUAUAUGGAAUUUUUUCCGCUGACGGAACACCAUUCACCCGGUAUUUCUGUAGCCCAGUACGUUUUCACCCAUCGUUCAAAGAUCAAGAAGUGCAGCUCGUUUGGGGUGACCCGUCUUUUAAGGGGGAGAAUGACAUUCCAAUAAACUUGAAAGUUCUCGCGGGCGCCAGGGACAAGGGACGAUGCUUUAUUACCGGUCGAACCGAUCUCCCAACACAAUGCGUUUGGAUUCUCCCCCCUCUCGCAACGUUCGGUCGUGAUCAUUCGGAUCCAAUGGCCUUCGACAAGUACAAGGUUGUCGACAAUCUCAUCACGAUUUGCUCGGCUUUGGCUGACCCCUUCAUGCGCAACUUGUUUGCUGUCGACGUUGAGGAUAACACCCGCAUCAUUACCUUCGAUGACCUCCCGAGCGGCUCGCCCACGUUGCCCUCGCAUUUACCCACUCCGCCGUCCCCCUCGACCAUGGACUACUGGAAGUAUGCUUUCAUAUACACCUUGGCUAUAUUCUUCCCCGCAGGCGAAGUCAAAGAAGAUUAUAGCAAUCCAGAGUACGAUUCCAACGACCUGAUAGAGGAGCUCCAGGACGGCUACGCCGAGCUGGCCCAUCCGAAAUGGCAAAGCGACAUCGGCCGCGAAGCAUUGGCUGUUUACUGGCAGCUUGCCUGUCCCACGGAAUCAGAGCUGAGAGAUGAACGCGAGCGGAGAUAUGCAACGGAGUUGGAUGAGGAUGCCAGUGAUGAACCUGGAUACGCUGUGUAG